GGGAGUUGUUGCUAGCUUUCUAAGAUUGCUGUGCUUUCUUUUAAUAGCCUUAGUUUGACUCUGGACAAAGGGUGAUUUUGAAUGCUACAGUUUUGUUUAAUUGUUUAUUGUUCUCCAGUCUAAAAUAGAGGAAAAGGCUUAAUUUGGAGUGGUUAGAUGCAGAGUUAGAUUUUCUGUCUGAACUCCGGGAACAAUUUGAACUUUUAAAUAACUCAUCCACAUCAUGUUUGGCAUUAUCUAGAUCAAAAAUUUCCAGUACAAGGAAUAUAUGAACAAUAAAAUAAACAAAGUAUAAACGCUCCCUUCCUUUUUGUUCCUGGGUUUUCUAUUGGAUUUGGAAAAUAAAAAUGGGUCAGCUGUGUACCAAGUGUGUUCAAUUGCUUUACAACUUUGCUGUCUCAGUGAAAACACUGUUGUCAGGUUUGUUGCUUGACAUUAGAGAGUGUUUGGCUCAGAUUGCUGACUGCCCUUGCCUAAAACGGAAAAAUGUUGAAAUGAGGCGGCUCUACCAACCUGUUCUUCAUCCCUAUGAAGAGGAAACUGCCCAAGAGUUUCUGCAACACAUUGAAAAAGGUUUUGAAAUGUCAUCACUUGGCAAGAUCUCUUUAGAGGCCUUGAAGACCUUGGCAUUUUCUGAUCAUCCUGGCUUGCAAAUGCUUGCUGCUCUCUACUAUCUACACAUAAGCCAAGACUCAUUAAACAUCCAUCUGUCCCAAGAGCAUUUGGAAACAUACUAUGCUUUGCUGAAGUCUAAUGAUUUGGAGGUGCAGCAGAUUUCAUCCUUAUCCCUGCUCAGCUUUUUAUUAGAAGGAAAUGUAACCAAGGAGCAUGUCAUAGAAAUGGAUUUACUUGAGCCAAUCCUAGAGCUACUUGAAUCGGAUGAUAUCACUGUCCAGGGGAAUUCCUGUACCUGCUUAAUGAUGCUGGCUGACUCAGAGGCCUGUCGGAAUGCAAUUGCAGCAGCCGGAGGAACUAUACCCUUGCUUUCCCUUUCUAAAUCUCACGAUAUUGGUGUUCAACAAAAUGCUGUUCAAGCUAUUUUCAACCUCACACGAUCAGAAUGGAUCCAAAGGGUUUUGGUUCGUCAAAGUGCUCUCCCAAUUCUCACCCAUUUAUUAGAGUCUUCUGACACAGAAGUUCAGUAUUACAGUUGUGCUGCUCUCAGCAAUGUGGCUACAGAUUCACAGCACCACAAAGCCAUGCUUCACGUUGGUGAUGGGUUUCUUCUGCAGACUCUCCUUUCUCUCCUAUCUUCUGAUGUGGACAAGAUUUCAAACCAGGCUUGUAUUUGUCUCAGGAAUUUGGCCACAAAUGAGUUUGUUCUGACCAGUCUUGUUGCUAUGCAUAUCCAGUCCCGUCUUCUUCCUCUCUUGACAUUUAGAAAUAAGGAGAUUCAGCGGAAUUCAGUAAUUCUCCUCCAGAUAUUAUCCCAACACUCAGGCAACCAGGAUGCCCUGAUGUCUGAUGAGAUGCUGCAAACUUUGGGGGAACUGUUGCUUACCUGGAGAACAGACCCAGUAAUUGUUGGCCAUAUGGCUUGCCUCAUCAGAAAUCUCAGCCUUUCUAAAAACAUACAGAAAAUCUUAGAAAGCCCAUGUGUUGAAGGCCUUCUUCAAGCUAUCCAUAGUGCCCAUUUACUAGAAGAUUCCCUUUUCUAUGUGAUAUCUUGUCUUGCUGAACUGGUGAAGCAUGAAGGAGCCACGGCGCAUAUUGUAGCAUUGAUGGAUGAACCAUUGAUAAGUCAUUUGGUGAAAUUAGCUAACCAGGUGGAACAAACCGAGCUUUCAUUCCAAGCUGCUUUUAUGAUCAAACACUUCGUAAGGCAUGAGGAGAUAGUGUCUCUGUUAAAAACUCACAUGAACCAGGUUCAGCAAUAUCUGAUGAAGUAUCUUAUUCACCGGGAGAUUCGUUUUCAGCAUUUGGGCAUAACCACUCUCUGUGCAUUACAGAAAGAUCCAGACUUUCUGGCAGCAUUCAGUAACAGUGAACUGAAGAAGCACCUUGAUGAAAUCUGUCAACAAACUGAAAUUAUGCAAGAGCUUCUCAGUGUCGCUAUUGGACAUAUGGAUCCAUGAGAGACACUUCCAGCCUGCAUAUCAUUAGUCAGAAUGGAGAUCUUUAGCUCCUGAAUAGGCAGCUGAGGUAAGAUAUUGGCACCUCAAGUUUAAAGGAGCAGCCGUGGAUGAAUCUACAACAGCUACAUACAUAAAUUAUGAUGUCAGUUAUUUGGGUAGAAAUGAAAGGGACAUUUCCUCCAUCACAAGGCAUGUAAACAGAAUCCAUUGAAAAUGAUUGGGUUUGGGAUUAUAUCAAAAAUCUGCCACUGUUGCCUUAUCUAAGAUGGCUAGUUCAUUAUUUUGAUGCAUUCAUGGACCAGUCUUAAAAGAUUGUUCUACUAUACAGAUGCAAGACAGACGGACCAAUCUAAACGUUGUUCUUUCAUACAAAUGUUGCAAUUUAGCACCAGCCUUGCUGAUUUGUAAUCUGCAAAUCUCUGCAGAUAUAGAUAAUCUUGCCCUGGAAUAAACCUUGACCACAUUCCUAUUUUAAUAAACUGAAAUUGGAUUGUUUUAAGAGCUUUGAAAUGGAAAAAAGAAAUCUCUGCUAGCAAAUAAUUAUGUGUAUGUAGGUUUCCAAGCUAAAUUUGUGAAGUUUUUAUUAAAAUGGGCAUUUUUAGAAAA